CGCCCAUCUCCGCAGCGCCAACGAGCAGGAAAUGACAAUCGUAUACGAUGCACAAGCGCUCGGAACGUUCCGCACGCUAAUGACGCUGCGCGGUACAAUGCUGCCGAUGGUCUUCUCCUCUCCCAUCUUCUACACGCUCGUGCUCUCGCACGUCGUGCUAAUUGCUAUGCAUGAGGGGCAGCUUCCGCUGCCGCGCCUUUCCUUCUCGGCGGUGGGGACGGUGACGGGCUUGCUCACCUUCUUUAUCGUUUUCUAUGGCUCCCAAUCCUACUCCCGCCUCAAUAUGUUCUUCGGCCACUGUGUCGGCAUCGGCGGCGCUGUCAUGGAAUGGACUGCGCUCGUCCGAAACCACUUUCCAGAACAGGCUGUGGACGCAAAGUGGAACGCUGUCCGCCUCGUGCUUGCUGCAGUGCAUGUCCACUACUACACUCUAAACGCGUCGGACGGUGGCUCGGCCAUCUCGGGUGACGCUCCGCAGCGCAGAGAGGGAAAUACUUCACACUAGUCGCGUCUCGCGACCUGGGGAUCACACCAGUCACCUCACACGACCCGCUUGAGAAGGCUCUAACUGAGCUCCUCUGAUGCUUCCUUCAGACAAGGAGUGGGCGAUCAUCUCCACCAAGCGGUCGCUACUCAACGCGGGUGAGACGGCCGCCGUCAAGACGUUCGGCGGCUACCAGCCGUUUCUUUUGCUCGUCUGGGUUGUGCUCGCGAGACAGCUACAGCGGAGAGGCAGCAGACUGACUGAUGGGAUCCUGCUGCAAAACAGGCUCUCGCGGAGGUUGAGGCGGUGCUCUUUCCGGG